AUGCAUUGCACUGGGCAGGAGGGGCCUGGAGCGGGAAGCAGCGGAGAAGGAACUCCGGCUCCGGAGGUGGCCCUCGGGGAGCGCGCAGGGCCAGGCUCAGCCUCACUCCUCGCGGGCUCCACAGCUUUGCGCGCCUGCGGCCGGCGCUGCUCAGCAAGCCCAGCCCACUUGGUGGCCGCGGCGCUCAUUGGCUCGGCUCGCGUCCCCGCCCGCCUCCUAGCUCCGCCCCCGCGCGGGCCCCUCCCCGGAGGCGGGGCCUGCCGCCCGCGGCCCCCUUGCCGCGUCGCGCGGCGAGGGCUGGGAGCUGUAGUUUCCGCCGCCGCCCGCGCCCCGGACCGGCCCUUCUUCCUGCGACAGGUGCGGCCGGAGCCCGGCGGGCCGCGGCGACAGGGUCGUGCGCGCCCGCGGGGCGCUGGGAGGCGGCGCGGGGCCUCGCGACUGGGGGAACCGCGCGCCCUGAGCGGGGGCGGCCGGCGGGAAGGCGCGCGGCGGGCGCGGCAGGUGGACCCCGAGCGCCGGGGGCUGGGCCUCGCGCUCCCAGCGCGCACCCGGGGCGCAGACGCGCGGACCGGCUACUCCGGGGUCGGCUCCCGGCCGCAGGGGCGGGCGCCCGCCUUCGGGAUGCCGCAGCCUUCCCGCCACGACGCGCCGCUCCGGGAGCGCGGCUCCGGCGAGGCGACGCUGCGGGAGCACCAAGAGCGGCGCUGCACGAAGAACCGGCCUUGCGAAGCAGGCCCGGCGGAGGGGCCGGCCCUGGGGCCUGGGGUCAGCAGAGGGCAGGCUGACGCCCUCCUAAUCUUCGGCGUCCUGCUCGAUGAAAUGAGAGUCCCUGUCACGGGGUGUGGAGGAUUCAAUGCAGGUACACAGGGGGAGGCAGCGAGCCUGGGAACCCCUGCUGACCACCCCCCGGUAGUCGGGGAGGGCCGGAGCCCCCGGAACCAGCCAGCCCGAGCUGUGGGCGCCAGCCUGCCGCGGGGCCGGGAGUCUCACGGCCCAGCUCCCGCUCCGAGAGGAGAGCCUCGCCCGGCCGCGCUGCCCACCUGGGCCGGCCGCGCUGCCCACCUGGGCCGGCCACCUGGGCGCGUUCGCGAGGACUGUGGCGCCCUCUGCUGGUGGCGGGUGCGCACGGCCGCGCUCUCCAGAGCCCCGGGCGGCGCCGAGACCCCAGACCCAGCCGCCCGCCCUCACUUUCCGCCUCCUUCCGCGGGGCCCGGGGCUCGGCUGGUGCCAGGAUCCACCCUGGGGAACACUUCCAAGGGUCACCCUAGCCCAGAUCAGCCCCGCAGCCAGCCCGGGUGCGGCCGGACGAGGCCGGAGAACCCCGCCCCCCGCGCCUCUCCCCGCGCCUCUCCCCGCGCCCCUCCCCGCCCCGCCCGCCGGCCCCCGCGCCCCGCACUUGGUCGCGAAUAA